UCUAUACCUAUAAAUCCAAGUCUUACCUCUCCACAUCUUCUCCAACAACAUGAAACAAUCAAUCAAAUUUCUCAUCUUCUCCAUGUUCAUUUAGAGAGAGAGAGAGAGAGAGAGAGAGAGAGAGAGCAAUUUCAUUUUUUUUCACCACAAUAGAAGGAUAAAAGAAAACAAACAACCCCGAAGAUCAUUGAUCAAUCGGACUUUUCCAUUUGAAACAUGGGAAGGGCGCCGUGUUGCGACAAGGCCAACGUGAAAAAAGGGCCAUGGUCCCCGGAAGAAGAUGCAAAGCUCAAGGCAUAUAUCGAGAAAUAUGGCACCGGUGGAAAUUGGAUCGCUCUCCCUCAAAAAAUCGGGUUGAAGAGAUGCGGGAAGAGUUGCCGACUGAGAUGGCUGAACUAUUUGAGGCCGAAUAUUAAACACGGAGGAUUCACCGAAGAAGAAGACAACAUUAUCUGCAGCCUGUAUAUCAGUAUUGGAAGCAGGUGGUCUAUAAUUGCAGCCCAACUGCCCGGAAGAACCGACAACGACAUCAAGAACUACUGGAACACAAGGCUGAAGAAGAAAUUGCUCGGCAGACGCAAGCAGCACAAGAAUCGUCUUGCGAUGGAGGCCGGUUUUCCCGAGCAAAAAUACGCUACGAAGGAGAUCGAAAACCCGAAUAAUAUUAUGCAAAACCUAAGCUCCUCAGCCAUAGAAAGGCUUCAACUACAUAUGCAUCUUCGAAACCAUCAAAACCCUUUCUCCUUUUACCAAAACACUUCACUUUGGCCCAAGAUGAUCCAGGCCCUCCAUUCCAAUCAAAACCCUAUAAUCAACGGCCAGAUUUCCUCCUCCACUCCUCACUCUACAACCCCUGAUCACCAGCAAGGUUGUAACCCUAAUUUCAGCAAUCUGAGAAAAGGGAAUGAAAUCGAAUCUUCCUUCAAUGGAUUUUCAUCUUCCGACAGCUCCUUCAACCCCUUGAAUACUGAUCAAAGCAAUCUUCUCGAAUUUGAUACGCUCGAGCGAAAUCCGGGCAUAGAUCAUUUAACAAAUCAAGGGUUUUCUCAGUCUGAACUCGACGAUUUGCUUAGCACCAAAACCUCGAAUUUUCUUCCCAAGGAUCACCAGAUCAACGGUCAGGAUUGUUUCAUGAAAGAUCUUGAUGUCUCGAACUCUUCGGGUAACAAUUUGUCUUGGUGGACUAAUGAAUUCGAUCAUGAUCAUGCCAAUCCGGGAUCUUUAAGCUCGUGGGACUCGGCGAAUGCACUUCAUCAUCAACCCGAAGAAUUGUACCCCGGGUUUGAUUAUGUCCAAGGAUACAAUUACAUGAGUUGAUGUAAGUUGGAGGGCGCGAUCAUUGCAGUCGGUACGAGGUUUUAUAGGAGAUGAAUAUCAUUUGUUGUUACUUCAUAAGGGGAGAGUCUCUGAUUUUACUUUUGUUGUAACUAAAAUUAUGUGAAUAAUGUCAUGCCUUUAAAACAUUUUUCAUGUGCCCAAUAUGUACUCAAAAUUUUAUUUUUCUUAAAUAGUUUAAUUAAUUUGGAUCGA